AUACCCUACCUCUAAUUCUAAAGUUGUCAUUUUGAGGUUACCCUGUAUCGUAUUGUAUGUACAAUGGAUGGUGCAUGAGAUGGCAAGACAAUAGAAUGAAACAAACACAACCCAAGUCGUGCAUAGCACAAACUCACCACCUCCGGCGGGUCAACAGUCAACCACCACCAAACGAAAAUAUAUGGCCAAAAACAUCUUCAAAAAAUGCAAUUCAAGAAAAACAAAAGCAAAAACUAACACUUUGUUAUUCCUAAGAAUCAAAACACAAGCCACCUUUUCAAAUUCCACCCCAUCUCCCAAACCAAACAAAACAACCAUGAAUCACAAAGCACUACAAUGCAUUAUAACAAUUCUCCUCCAUUUCCAUUUCUCCUUUUGAUUCUUCCCAUCUAAUUUUUUUUCCCUCGUCUGAAAACAUAAUAAUAUCAAAACCAAGACCGAAUGGAAAAGAAUUAUUCUUCGGAGAAAUCUGGUAGUUUUAUUACAGGACGCCAUGGCCGCAGAAAGAGCGAAAUCCCCAGUCCCAGAACGCCAGAUUUGCACUUUAUCGAAGAGAGAUGGGACGGUGGGGAUACUGCGUGGAGGGAUAUUAAUGUCGAAGAGGUUGAAAAUCACAACGUCGAUCAAGUUUCCAAAGACAUUGAUCGAUUCACCAACACCCUCUCCGCCGUCAAUGACAAAUCCAGUCCACCGGAAGUCCCUGACACGAUUGAAAUUUUCUCAAAAAUCCUCGAAUCAAGGAUCGUCAGGUACUAUUCCGCCAAUUCUCCCAAGAAGUUCGGGAAGAUGAUGGAGGACGAUUCCUUCUUUCUCGAAGCCGUGAGGCGGAUUUCGAAGCUCACCACCGCCUUCGGCGAUUUCCCCUCCACCUCCAUCACCACUUUGUCUCUCAAUCGAAUCAGCAUGGUGUUGCAACGAGCAAUGUCAUUUUUAGAGGAGGAAUUUCGGUACCUUCUAGAAAAUUCUAGAAACUACUCGGAUUCGCAUUCGAAUUCGAAUUCGAAGGUUCUAAGAGCAAAGCAAUCGUCAUUCAACUCCAACUCCAACUCCAACUCCAACUCCUCCAAGCAAGAAGACUCGGAUCGGUGUGGUGUGCCGGAUUCUGAUUCGAAUGCCGGAGAGCAGGCAUUUCCGGCGUACUCUCCGGAGGCCGUGAAUAGGAUGUCGACAAUUGCAUCGGCGAUGAUUUUGGCAGGGUACGAAACAGAGUGUUAUCAGGUUUUCAACAUUGCAAGGCGAAAUCUAUUCAACGAAGCUAUGAAAAACCUAGAUUUCGACACGAUCAGCAUCGAAGACGUGCAGAGAAUGCAAUGGGAGCUCUUAGAAGGAGAGAUCGGGACUUGGAUCAAAGUCGUGAAACAAUGCGCCACCGUGCUCUUCCCCGGCGAACGAAAGCUCUGCGAUUCCGUCUUCUCCGAUAAUCCAUCGAUCUCCGCAAUCAUCUUCAGCAACCUCGCUCGAUCGGUGGUGAUCCAACUCCUCACCUUCGCCGACGCGAUGGUAUUAACUCGGCGAUCUGCGGAGAAGCUUUUCAAAUACCUCGACAUGUACGAGGCUCUCCGCGAUCUAAUUCCGGCGAUCAACGAAUCUUGCUCAAAAGAUAGCGGCUGCGAACUAAGCUCCGAAAUCUCCGCCGCUGCCAAUCGGAUCGGCGAAGCCGCGGUGUACAUAUUCUGCGACCUCGAAAACUCGAUCAAAGGCGACGCCUCGAAAACACCAGUCCCCGGUGGCGCAGUACACCCACUGACUCGCUACGUCAUGAAUUAUCUAAAAUAUACCUGUGAGUACAAAGACACACUAGAACAGAUCUUCAAAAAGAACAAGACUCUCGUCCGAACCGUCUCGUUAGCCAAAUCUGACGGUCCAAAAGAUAAACAAAGCUCAACUAACAAUAAUCAAACGGCUGGCAACGAAUCAUCACCGUUCGCAGUACAGCUAAUGACCGUGGUCGAGCUCUUAGACGAAAAUCUGGACGCCAAGUCAAAACUCUACAAGGACCCAUCUUUACGGUACGUAUUUUUAAUGAACAACGGUCGAUACAUACUCCAAAAGAUCAAAGGGUCCAGCGAAAUCCUCGAAUUGGUGGGUGACACGUGGUAUAGGAUGAGGUCCACUGUGGUGAGGCAGUACCAUAAGAAUUACCAAAGAGAAACGUGGGGUAAAGUGCUGCACUGUCUGGGACAUGAAGGGUUGCAAGUGAAUAGUGGGAAGGUUCAAAAGCAAGUUCUUAAAGAGAGGUUUAAGAAUUUUAGUAUGUUGUUUGAUGAGAUUCAUAAGACGCAGAGCACAUGGGUUGUGAGUGAUGAUCAGCUUCAGUCUGAGCUGAGGGUGUCGGUAUCGGCGGUGGUGAUACCGGCUUACCGGUCGUUUCUCGGGAGGUUUCGGCACUACUUGGACUCGGGAAGGCCUGAGAAGUACAUAAAGUAUCAGCCUGAAGAUGUUGAGACUUUAAUUGAGGGACUGUUUGAUGGGAACUCUUCUUCGAUGGGUAGGAAGAGAACAUAGUGUUUUUAUUAUUUGGAGAUGAUGAAGAACAAAGGUGGUGCUG